CGGCGCUACAUAGAUGGAUGAUCGGAUCCUCUGGUACAUUCUCUGGUACCCCAACAAAUAUAUCCCCCUCUCCCCCCCCACCUCGCUCUUGUACCCUUCUCCGAACACCCAAAUGGGCGGCGGGAGGCGGAGGCUCGGCCAAAACCCUAGCGGCGGCGGCGGCCGUACUAGCGGCGGCGGCGGCGGGCGGCGCCGCUUAUCCGGCGGCGGCGGCGGUGGCGGUGGCGGGCAAUCUCGUCAAAACGCGGGAAGGCCCCGAUUUCUUGGCGGGAAGAAGCCCGGCGCCGCCGCUGGGGUGGCCGUUUUGGGUCCGAGCUCUUGGUCGCGUGAUCCGGCGGUGGCCGGAGGUGUAGGAUUAGGGUUUACUUUGGGGGAGGAUGCGGCGGUGGCGGAGGAGGAGGAGGAGGAGGUGGAUUGUGGUCCCGUCGUUGGGCGUGUAGGGUUAGGGUUUUCUCCUCGGGAAGAGGCGGAGGAGGACGAGGUGGUUGAAGAGGGAUCCGUGGGAAUGGAUUUGUAUUCGACUCCGAAGGUCAAGGGAGAGAGGAAAAAUGAGGGCUUUUUGUCGAUCGGAGGCUUCCGAGUGUACACUGAGGACACAUCCUCGCCAGAGGAGGAAAUUGACGGGUCCGAAGAUGACGAUAGUGAUGAUGAGGAGGAGGAGGAAGAAGAAGAUGAAGGGGAAGGAGGAGUUCCCAUGGAGGAGGAUGAAGACGAGGAUGAGGAAGAAGAAGAAGAGGAUUCGUCUGAUGAGGAUGAUUCGUCCUUUAAUGGUGACUCCGACAUUGAUGAUGAGGUAGCUGAGGACUACUUGGAAGGAAUUGGGGGAAGCGCCGAGCUUCUGAGUUCCAGGUGGCCUGGGACCAAGAGUUCGGAUGAAUCUGAUGACGAUGAUGGAUUGCCGAAGCCUGAGAAGUUGGGAGGGAUUGCUCUUAUGAAUGCUUCGGAGAAGUACGGAAUGAAGCCCAAAUUGAGGAAGGGAAAGGGAAAGGUGGAAGAUGAUAUGUGCGUUUCGCCCGCUGUUGGUUUGUUCCCGGGGGACGACGGUAUGCUGCUAGUAAAGGAUGUUAGGUCGAGCUCGAGGAGAAAGAAGCCUCCCUCUUCUUCUUCUUCUCAUCUUUCUCGAUCUUGGCCUUGUGAGCUUCGGAACAGUAAAAAGCAUGGAAGUGUUCCUGGUGGAAAGAAGAAACAUCGAAAAGAACUUAUUGCAAUUAAGCGUCAGCAGCGUAUGAUCAAUCGAGGUGUCGAUUUGGACCAGAUUAAUUCAAAACUGAGGCAGUUGGUUAUGGGCGAAGUGGAUAUAUACUCAUUUCAACCUAUGCGAUCCCGUGAUUGUUCCCAGGUGCGACGACUGGCAUCGAUUUAUCAUCUACGAAGUGGCUGCCAAGGUUCAAGCAAGAAAAGCUUUGUGACGGUGACUCGAACUGCGCAAACAUGUUUGCCGUCCUCAACUGACCAAAUUCGACUUCAUAAGCUUUUAGGAGCGGGCGUCGAGGAUGACGACUUCGUCAUAAAUCUUGACAAGAAGAAAGAACCUAAAUCACGCCCUAAUGGUUCAUCUUCCAACGGCAAGCUAACAAAGAGUCGGGACUUGAGUGGGAAGAAGAAACGGGAUGGAAAGCAGGGCUCGGCUUCAUAUGCCGAAAGGCCAGUUUCCUUUGUGUCCUGCGGAGCCAUGCAAGUCGAUUCAGUGACGGAGGAAGUGUUUUUGGAUUCAAACGGUACAAUGACUGAAACGAAAGCUGUUGAGAAUAGCACUUCUGAUUUCGGUGCUUUCGAGAUGCACACAAAAGGGUUUGGAUCCAGAAUGAUGGCGAAGAUGGGUUUCGUUGAAGGCAGCGGCCUAGGCAAGGACGGGCAGGGAAUACCUCAGCCCAUCGAAGCGACCAAACGGCCGAAAUCGCUCGGAUUAGGUGUUCAGUUUACGGCUGCAGAUUCGGAAGGUAAGCAAAUGGAAGCAAGUACGUCCAAGAAGCCAAGGGAAGCGAGAAGUAUCGGAGCGUUUGAGAAGCAUACGAAGGGGUUUGGAUCGAAGAUGAUGGUGAAAAUGGGUUUUAUUCCGGGCACGGGAUUGGGGAGGGACGCGCAGGGGAUCGUUAAUCCUUUGACGGCCGUUAAACGGCCAAAGUCGCGCGGUUUAGGGGCCAAGUCUUAGUUACAUCUUGUUUAUGCAUUUAGCUUGGUAACUCAAUUGUUUUCAUGAUUGUAAAUUAUUAUAUGAUCAAUCUAGUUUUAUUGGUCUUUACUCCUCUUGUAUUAGGAGGGGAAAUUAGAUCUAAAAUUCGAGACUCGCUCAAAUGGAAGGAAAAUUAAGGAAUUAAUUAAAUAAAUCACAAAUGAUUUCCUAUCA